AUGAUGAUGAUUUCUGACUACAGAACUGCUGUUGCAUUAGAUACUCAUGCAUUUGGUCUCGUCUCAAUACUGAAUUAUCUAAUUGGACAUUUAUCUGUCUUUGUCUUCUGUCUGGGAGCGAGAAUUCAGGAGACAUUGAAUGGGGCAUGGUUGGAGUUCUUUGAGAUGAUCUUGGGGAAGGCAGUUAUGGAGUUCUAUCCAUGGAUUGUUUUCUGUUUCUAUUGGGAUCCUGUCUGGGCCAUUAGUUCAGACACAAUCAGUUCUCUGAUAGGCCUUUCACUCAAUUUCUUCUUUAUUCUGCCUUUGACAAACUUAGUCGGUAUUCAUCUCAUCGAGGCACCAGUUCUCCAUCCAAUGUCUGAAGGAUUAUUCAACCUUGUUAUUGCGUGGACGUUGAUGUUUGCUCCUCUGCUUUACACUGAUAAACUGAGAGACAGAUUCAAGGGAUCAAUUGAUGUAUUAUGGGGCUUUCAGAUGUUUCUCACAAACACGUUCUUGAUUCCUUACAUGGCAAUACGUCUGAAUGUAGCUCAAGAGGACGACACUCCAAGAAAGACUUCUCAACUUGGUUCAGUCAUGACAAACGGAGCAGCCAUUGUUGGACUCACUGGUGGGCUUGUAAGCGUGCUGUCAAUAGUUUGGGCCUUUUACGGUCGAGGAGAUGGUAAUUUUGGUGAUUUGGGAGAAAGACUCGAGUUUCUGCAAAGCUAUCUCGGAUCUGAGAGACUCGCCUAUGCCUUCAUCUGGGAUAUCUGCCUGUACCUAGUUUUCCAGCCAUGGCUGAUUGGCGACAACCUCCAAAACAUCCGACAAGACAAAGUUGCUUCGGUUAAUCUUCUCAGAUUCGUCCCAGUAGUCGGCCUAGUCGCCUAUUGCCUCUGUUUAGACACCGGCAAAGAGACAUAGCCUUGUAUACUAGAUUUGUUACUAAUGCUUU